AGGUCUGACAAAAAAAGUUCUAUCAUGAUUGGCAAAACUGGUAGUGUUAAGGUGUUUAAUCAUCAUCAGAAGUAAGCUGGAGUGCCUAAUCUUCACAUGAUCCAUAUCUCCUGCCAAAUAUGAAUUGGAAAAAGAUUAAGUACUGGGUAUUAAUUGUUUCUGCAAGGAUAAAUCCAACAUAAAGUGUACAAUAACUACAAGAUAGAUACUGUAUAGUUAUCACUACAAAGAGGCAUUUUGGAGGAAAAUAUAGGUGAGAGACCUAAGAUGAAAUCCAGAGAAACUGUGGGAAGAUGCUACUUGUUGAGAGUUGGUGUGAAGAAUGUGGAGUAUAUAUUGCCUGAAGAAGAUUCCAGAAUGAAAGAUUCUGAUACACAGAAAAAUUUAUUAUGAGAGGGCUAAUACAAGCUUUUGGAGCCAAUAAUGAUUUCCCAGAAGUUUUACCAUCUCCACCGAGUCCUUCUUCAGUGAAAGCACUUCUUGGGCCUGCAGAUUUCUCAUCAUCAGAGGAAGAUUUUGAAAAAUAUGACACUUCUAAUUUUUCCAUUGAUACAAAUAAUUUUAAUAACUUUAGUAAUAACUUUACUAAGAUAAGCGGACAGUUCACAGCGUCAUCUGUGGGCCGUCUACUGUAUAGUCCAAGCAGUAGUAGUUCUUCUGUGUCAGUGACACAUUCUGAACUACAUGGUGCUGGUGAAUACCUCCUUUGUUCUCAGAAGACGGUAAAAAAAGACGAUCAGAAUCUUUAUCCAGUAGUAGAAAUUAUGGAUGGAAAAGAGGUUGUGACAAUAACCACUUCUAAUACAGUUUCAACAAGAAGCUCUUUGUCAACAUCCAAGCAAGGAUCCAAAUCAAAUAGUUCUGUUGUUACUUAUGUAGGAAAGAAUGGUGCUGGCAGUAUGUCUGGUAAUCAAAGAAAGAAUUUAGAUCCCAUAAAGGCAAAGUCUGAUAUUAAUAUUGUUUCUACAUUUGUAGGAAACGAGUUGUCGCAGUUAUUGCCACCAGAAAUAUUUGCACCAACACCUCCGUGUUCAAGUAGUGGUGCUUCAUCCACUGAAUUUUGUACUAAUACAGAAUUACCUUUGGUUAACACAAGGUAUGCUCAAGAGGAAGAAAUGCAAAGAAGGUUAAAUUUCUCUGAACAAGGCACCCUUAAUACAACUUGCUCACAAAUAGUACAAAUGAACUGUAAUAGUUCAGCAUACAAAAAUGACUUAACUAAGUCAGAUAUUCUACUUACUCCAGAUAAAUUUACCUCUGCAUGUUAUAAUGCAGCAGCAAACAAUGAAACUAGAAUGUGCAGCUCAAGUUGUAUGUGUAGAUUGUGUGUGACUAGUGCUCUUGAAGGUGACAAUUUAACAUCUGACUAUGAAGAUGACAUUGAGCAAGAGUUGAAAGACAUUGAGCAGAUUGAAGAAGAGGAAGAAAAGAAAGAAAAAGAAAGACAGACUCAGAAUCAGACAGCUUUAUCUUAUGAUGGUGGACGACUUCCUCCAAUUGGCGUAUUUUGGGAUAUUGAAAACUGUCAGGUACCAAAAGGACUUUCUGCUACCCAUGUGGUCCAGGCAAUAAGAGCACGAUUUUUUAAUGAGCAUCGUGAGGCGGAGUUCAUGUGUGUUUGUGAUACUUUAAAGGAACACUCAAAAAUUCUUGAAGAAUUGAAUGAUGCUCAGGUUAAUGUGAUGCAUGUGGGGAGUACUGUCAAAAAUGCCGCAGAUGAUAAACUCCUCCAAAGUAUGCGACGGUUUGCCGAUAUCCACGGGACUGGUGCUACAAUUGUUCUUAUCUCAGGAGACUCUAACUUCGCUACAGAACUCUAUGAUUUAAGAUACAGAAAAAAUCUGCGUGUAAUACUAGUGCACAAUGCUCAUGCUCAAGACUCACUCAAACUGUGUGCACAUGAGACAGCCUUGUUUUCAGAAGUUACCCAGGAACUACCUCAAAGAACUAAGUCAAAGGGAAGCAAUUUGCGACGUGACAUUUUGGUACGAAACUUGCCAGAAGGAGUCGAUGAAAAUGCGAUCCGCCGUCGUCUUCGCAUACUGUCAGACAACUGUGGUGGCAAGGUGGGACGUGUGCGAGCCAACUGUGCCACCGUAUACUUUCAGACACCUGAGCUGGCGACACGAGCCAAGAAGAGGCUAGAUGGUGAAGACGUUUACGGGAGUAAUAUUUAUUGCAGCUUUGGCAAGAACUUGGACAAGGAAGGAUCUCCAAAAGUUAAAUGUGCUGGAAAAUUCCCUCAGCAUCAAUCUGCACGUGACAAAGAAUCAGAUAUACCAGUGUGUGUGAAGACGGAAGGAUUACAGAUAUUUCCAAACGCCUCGCAACCAGUCAUGGGAGAAGUGGGUGCAACCAGUCUGUCUUGGAGGGUGAAGGACCCCUUGAGUGACUCCCCAUCCUUGCAGCAGCCAUAUUCAGCUUUCAAAAGUUAUGCAAAGACUCCAUCAAUACCUGUCUCUUCAGAACAACCAUAUAAUUCACAGCGAAUGUGGAGAAGCAGCAGUUACAAGUCUCAAAACCAGACCGCUGUUAGCGGUGUAAGUGGAAACUUCUCAGGAUUCUCACGUGACUACAGUUUGCACAAUGGUGAAAAUACUCCAGACUCCACUGCCUCCCAGCCUUUGUACUUAGAUAAAACACCAGACCAGUUCAAAAAAGGCCGUUCCCAGAAAGUGCACUUCAGGACGAGUUCACCACCAAGCUUUUCAUUUAGUAACAAAAUUCCUGAUUCUUAUUCACUUAGCAAUGCUCCCAGAAUGAGGAGUCCAUCCCCUUUACUCUGGAGUGGAGUCAGUCCCAUGAAGCACACAUGGAGUCCUACCACCACCACGGAUGUGCAUAAUCAAGUCCUUUGUGGUUUGAGGGAACUGCACCUGGGGGAGGGAACUACUGUGGAGACAAGCCUGGGAAGUACACCACAAAUACCUGUGGAGUUACAAGUAACUAACUUGGAUCAAAAUAUAGAUGCUCGAGAGAUGAAACGUAUACUUUUCACAGUAUUUCGGGAUCAUGUCAUGGUUUUACAUGUUUCGGUGUUUGUACAAUCAGACGGUAAUUUGGCUGCAUCCUUGCGUGUACCCUCACAACAGGAUGCGCAAUAUGCCAUUUCUCAGUUACACCGCAAAAAGAUUGGUGCCAAAAGAAUCAUCAUAUCAUAUGUCAACCAUAAUCAACCUUCUCCAGAACUGAAGAGGUCAAAAGUUAUUGCUUUGCUCCAGGAAGUUCCUGGGAAGAAACUUCCUCUGUUCAAGUUUCGUGAACUAUACGAAAAGCGUUUCCAUGAGACCAUAGGAGUGUCAGAAAUGUAUAAUAUGAGGGAUAUUGUGACAGUUUCUGACAACAAUGUUGGAAGAAUGGUGUCUCUUCACCCAGAGUUUCGACAUAUACAGUCUCCAGUUUUUACUGAAUCUGCAGAAGAGGACGAUGGUAACAUUUCCAGGUUCUGUAAGGUACAUAGUCUUGGUCCAGAUGAAUCAGUUGGAUGGGCUGAACGUGACCAGAGCACCAGCCUUCCAAAUAUAAACAUGACAUUGCGAGCUCUGGCUGCUAGUAUUCACUCUUUGUUACAGUCUCAUUCUGGUUUUCUUCCACUAGCUAGCUUGGUUGAGUGUUAUAAAGCAGAGAUUGGGCCACUUGAAGAAUAUGAAGAUGGGGUAUCCAUUGAACAUUUGGUUUCAUGUUUACCAGGUGUAUGCAUAUUGACUGCAACAACUGGAUUCAAAUACAUUCAGUGGUUAGAGAACAAAGUGAUCGAUGAGGCAGAAGAGUUGGCCCGGUGUGUGAGUCCUCCUCUAGUAGGUCAGUUAGCACUUUUUUCACGUGAACUUGUGGACCUCCUCAAAACUUUUCCACACUGCCGUCUUCCUUUUUCUCGCUUCAUACCUGCUUAUCACCACCACUUUGGACGACAGUGCAGGGUUGCUGACUAUGGAUUUACAAAGCUUGCUGACCUCUUUGAUGCUCUACCUCAUGUCAUCCAAGUAUUAGGAGAUGGAAACAAACGUAUACUCACACUAGCACACAAAGCCCAGAUUAAACGUUUCUCGUCAGAUCUCUUAAGAGUACUAAAGGGUCAGCCGACUAAAUCCAUAACUCUGGAAGCAUUUCCUGUUGCUUAUGAGAAGGCUCUCACUAGACCAUGGAGCAUCAUUGAUUAUGGUGUGUGUGAUGUAGAAGACCUUUUAGUAGAAGUCAGUGAAACUACUGUGAUAGUCACUAGAUCUGGGACUGAAACUACAAUAGCCAUUCCCAAGAGGGAACAGACUCCCGAAGAAAUGGAAAGAACUCGCCAGUUUGCUGCAGAAGUUGUUGAGCUACUGCGUCAUUCUCCUCAGUGCAAGAUGCAGUUUAACAGAUUUAUUCCUGCAUAUCACCAUCACUUUGGAAGACAGUGUAGGGUGGCAGAUUAUGGCUUCAGCAAGUUGAUUGAGCUCUUUGAAGCCAUUCCUGAUAUUUUGCAGGCUUAUGAUGAUGAGGAAGAUGGUGAAAAGCAUUUGCAGCUUGUGGAACGGGAGCGUGUGAGGGUGUUGGGUGAUCAGGUUGCGGUUGUUGUUAGAGGUGCUCCACGCCAAGCAAUUAGACUCUCUGCGCUGACUCAAGUGUUUACACGUUACUAUGGGUAUUCCCUCAAACCCAAUCAUUAUGGAUCAAAUUCUUUAGAGGAAUUAAUGGGAAAACUAAGGAAUCACGUAAAGAUGGUGGAGGCAGGAGAUGAGCCAAUAGUGACUCUGGUGGACCGUGGAUAUGUCCAUGAUGUAAUGCUAAGGUCGAGACAACUUCUGUGGGAUGACCCUUCCUGUUGUUACCCAUUAGACAAGUUUGUGCAGAUGUAUACUGAUCGAUACAAUCAUCCUCCAAGUUUAGAGAUCAUAAAACGGGAUUUAGAAGAAGUGUUAACUAUUGAAGGAGAAGGGAAUGAUGCCAAAAUAAGCCUUGUGCCACUGCAGAUAUUUGCACGGGAUCUAUUGACCCUGCUUCAUGAAGCUGGAGGUCGCAUGCUGCUCUUGAAUUUUGACACGGCAUAUCUUGACAGAUACGGUGUUGCAUGCCGUCCAGCAGCAUAUGGCUUUCCCAAUAUUGUUGCUCUCGUUCAGGCUUUAGGAGACCUGGUGACAGUCCGGGGUCGUGGAACAAAGAGGAUUCUUGUCCUUCAUCGUGACACUGCUUCAUCACCACCAGUCAAUAACACCACUCCUAAUAGCACAAAUCUGUAUGGUCAUAAUACAGAUCGAAUAAAUGAAAACGGUGAAGCAAAGCCACCUCCAGCUUCCCAGCUACCUCCACUACACAAGAUAACAUCACCUCCACCCUGUAACUACCAGCACUACAUACAAGAACCAAACACUAAUGGUCACCUAGUGAUGAGUGUGAAUCCUCCAACAUCUCACCAGUCAUAUCAACCAUCACCACCUGUUGUGUAUCCAGGGUCUCCUGCACCAACAGGAGGUUCUGUGAUGUGGGGUCAGAUGUGGUCACCACAGUACCCAGUUAUGCCACCUUUGUCACCUGCACAUUACAUGGUACCAACUAUUCCAAUGAGUUGGGGAAGUGUAGCAGCCUCCCCUGUUGGUGCCAUUACUUCUACCAGCCCCCCUGCCCCACUGGUAGGCACCAUGGCACCCCCAGUCUCCAUACAUAUGCUUGAUGAACUCUCCAAGCAGGAAAGCAAGGGAGCUGAAGAUUAUACUACACCUCCAAGUGCUAGUGAAUUGCCAUCUCCAGAGCUGUUUACACAGAUGUCUGCAUCAGAGUCGGCACCUGCCAGUGCACCCACCUGUGGUGAUACACAAAUGGUAAACCCCCCCGUUUGUGGAGAGGAGGAAGCUGAUGAUACUUGGUCCAGUUGCAACAGUGAUCUUUCCAAAUUUGAUACUGCCAAUACGUCCACUCCAACUGCUCGUAAACUUCGCACUAAGAGACGGAUAGCUGCUCAAUUUACUUCAAAUUAAGCGGUCAUCUGUAAGGACAAAUCCCUAGACUAAGUAUUAAUGUAUUUUGUGAUAAUUGUUAGGAUGUUCUUAUGGUGGGUAGUGAUACAAAGUUGUUGAUUCUUUAAGUUGAGUUAAUCAGAGGUGUAGUAUUGUUAAUAGUUUGAUAAUUUAAGAUAUCCGUCCAUCACUUAUAGUGCAGUACAGUUUAUUGUUUUAUGAAAAUAGAACGGUAUUGGUUGAAUUUGUGAACCUAUAUUUGAUGCUUAUUUAAAGACCGUUAUAUUGAUUUUCAAUAUUUUCUUUUACAUACCUUUAGAUACAAAAAUAAUUAAAUAUUUGUAUAAGAAUAAUCUUUGUUAUUCCAAAACAGAAUAUUUUUGUUACUUUUAAUUGUGUGAAUUGGAAUUUGCUGUUCUUUGAGAACUUUUGUCGAGGCUCAUUUAGUCAUUUCUAAUUACAGUAGACUCAGUGUUUUGUACUUUUGAAUACCACACUUGGGAUAUUUCACAUUUGUGAGGGAACAGAAAUUUAUGUAUUUUAAUAAUUUUUAUAGUUUUAUUAGAAUGUUUUUCAUCCUAGACCACAUAGGUGAAGGAAACUAAUGUAAGUGAAAAAGAUCAUACAGAAAUCGGACCAAAUUGUGAAUCCCAUAUACAGUAUGUUUAAUUGUGAAGUCGAUAAUGAAUUGUUACAAGAACUUAACAUUACGAUACACCUGGUGUGUACUGUGAAGUUACACUACUAUUAAUGUUAUAUAUUUAUCAUACAGGUAUGUGACUGUAGACUUUUCACAGUGGAUUGGGUAUUAUUACUCCUACAGUAUUUUGCAAAAUUGACUUAAAUUAGUGUACUGUUAGAGUUCUUGGUUGUGAGGACUUGGAAAUACUGAGGCUACUGCAAAUAUUGAUAUGUUUGAAUUUUACAAUCUUUAGACUAUUUUGUAUGAUUAAAUUUUUUAUUAUAAAUAAACAAAUUAGGUUAAUGAAAAGUUGUAAAGAAUGUUUGGAUACAGUUUACAUUUAAUGAGAAGCAUUCCUUUACACAAGGGAAUACCUGUACAUCAUUCCCAGUUUGUACUGUAAAGUACAAAGUUAGAGGAAUUAACUGAAAAUUAGAAGGCCUCAAUUUAGAGCCAAUGAGAAGGAUUCAAAGAGUAACAUGAAAAGUCCUUUUCUGAUAUAAAGGUACAGGGUCUCAUUGUUAGCAAUUGUGAUUCCUUUAAUUUUAUUAUAAUAACUUUGUAUGGAUAGAUGUAUUACUUUUUCUUUGUAUAUUUUGGAGUUUGUCAUGUUAAGAAAAAUUUUGUAAAAAGCUUAAAACUCUUUUAAUCCAUGAAGAUAUUUUCUGAGCUUUAAGAAAAUGCCAAGCGAGGCAGAUUCCAAACAAUGAUUGUAAAUUCACUUUUUCUAGGUUAGUUUUGAUUUUUUCCCCAAAGUCAAAUAUCUCAGGAUCUGCUUAUAACUACCACCUGUGAUAUAAAUUUAUUUUAAUUUUUAGGAACUUGAAUAUUAAAUUAAAAUACUGGACAGCCUCUUUUCAUCCAAAUAUAUUUUUGCUAAACACUUGGUUGAUACCCUUGAAUAUUUGCUAGUUAUUUUAAAGUUGAAAUUGUUCCUGACUUUAGUCAGUAAGAUGUGACUGGAAUGGUUUUGGUGAUAAAUGUACCUCAACUGUAUUUUUCUGCUGAAAGUUAUUUUUUUAUUUAGUCUUGAUAUAACCUGACUCCAUACUACCUUCUCGAGGUGUCUCCAGAAGUUAGACAAUAUCCAUUUAUACUACAAAUAUGACAUUUUACAAAAAAAAAAGGUAAUGUUAUUUCAAGUGACUUAAGAAAAGCAUUCGUUAUUUUGAAUAUUAAUGAACUUGUGCUGCUAUUUUGUCAACAUUACUAACCAACUGGUUUGUCAGAGUUUUGUCAAGUGUUGGUUGUGGGUUUCUCAGUUGUUACACUGAAACAUUCCUUGUUGUGGAAGUUGAAAUAAAGAUAAACAUUAAG